UUAUUGACACUGUUUUCACAGGUAAUACUAAUACUAUGACUAGUAAUCUAAUUAUCAGAAUCUUAACGUCAGAGUCAGGAACUGCCUGGGGUUUAAAAUGACUUAACAUUGGUGUAAUUGUCCUCCACCUGUUUGUGAACACUGUGUAAUGUCUGCUCCAACAUGGCUCUGAGGCAUUCCUCACACCUCUUUUAAAAUGUGACUUCACUUUAGAUUUAAGGCUGGAAGUAAAUAUAAUAACACUGUGUCCUUGCACAUGGACAUCACUGUGCCAGUGUAUAACAGGGCCGGUAAACUCCAACAGAACUGUUUUUCCCAUGGUUGAAUAGCCACACACGCACGCACGCACCUUGCUAACGUCAUAUUGGAGGUGUCUUUGUCCGACCAUUUCUGUAACUUUCCGAAACUGAUGAUCCAAAUUUCACACCUACUUCAUGCUGACAUAGACAAAGAAGACAGUGUUUGAACUUCCUUCCCUAGCUCUUUUUUCCUUUCAUGACACACCUAUACUGUUACAUUUGGUUUGCACAAAUCCAAAACUAUUUUAAAAAAAGAAGCUAAAAAUCGACCUUAUUUUUCUCCAAUACCCUGAAAACAUGCCGUCACUGAACAUGUUUUUUUGGUGGGUGGUAGACAGACUCUUUAUGCCCUGCACCUUUCAGAGCUCUCUGUGGGGUGUAAAGGUGCAUUACAAUGGACAACAUCACCCUGCCCGUUGUUUUUGUUAGCCUCUAAUUGCAAGACCCACAGCAAUGUUGAUUGUGACAUUCAUUACGCACGUCAUUAGCAGAGUCAUUAACAAUGGGGGAGCAUGUUAAGGAGUGUUUGGAGACAGUUAUCUGCUGUUGGCAUUGGGUAAAUAGAAACAGGGUGUAUCUUGCUUCGGGUACAUGUGUAGAACAAGAACACUUGUUUGGAGGAGUGUGAUAAGGAACGGGAGAGGGAGUUGUAAUUUAAGUAACUUCAAGUUGUUAUUGGCCUGCCAAGAACAGUGCCAAAAAUCACGGGGAAACAAAAUCUGAAACGCCUCAUCAGAAAGGGAGAAUUUAUUUGAUUAUAUUUUCAGCUAAGAUAAGAAAAGAUAAGUUCCAAAAUAUUUUGGCUGAACAUGGAUCUGCAAACAUUGAAAUAAUAAAUCUCUGUAUCUUGGACAAGAUCUCACCCCAAUAUAUUAACAUUAUAUCAUUCAAACAUUCCACUGAGCGAUCAAUACGCAUGAUUUUAAAUGAUUCAACCGCUCAGAUGGUUGCAUGAUCCUGAUACAAUACUUAUUUACAUAUUGCUAAUUGAUCCAGUUGCUGCUAUUGUGCCUACUAAUUGACCACCAAUUACGUCAUUAGUCUGUGUUAGCCUGUUUUGAUAAAACUUAACUACUUGCAGAUGAGAUAAGUGCAGCAUCUGCAGUAUCUAUGUAACCAAUCUGUGCUGUCUGCCACUAAGAACAUGUAAAUUACUGACACUUAUCCGGGCAUCUACUGUAUGUCUGAGCCCAAAUACUGAAUGCUAACGAAACAAUGAAUGUAAAGUUCUUUGUAAAGUGACAAUACAAUCGCUAUGGAUUGUGCAGUCUCAGUUGGAGAGAUCAUCAGUCUCAUCACCUCUGAGACUUUCCAGAGCAAAUGAACAACUUCAGUUUGAUCAUCAUUACAUGAUAAAGGGAGGUAUUGGGCCUAAUGCCAGCCCGAAGGCUUGUCACUCCACCAGAAUGAGAAAGAAAAGCAAAUCUUGGCUGUAAAGAAGUUUUAAAACAAUUGUUCCAGUUGCUUAUCAAAAAAGGCCAACGUAAACAGAGCCAAAAACCACAAACCAAAAUACACAACAAACGAUUUGGUAUAUGAUUCAUGUUCUUCAAGUUAUGAUAUCACAUUUGGAAGACCUUGAUUUGGCUUCUCCCAGAAGUGUUCCGAAGAACAUACAACAACUGAAAAAUAUCUCAUUUUUAUUAUUAUUUCAAGGGCAGAAUACUAAAGUAGUCUUGACCCUGAUGCAGCAAGAACUUGCUGCUCUGAUCACCUGAGAUCCUCUAGUUUUUGAAACAGACUUCUGAGAAUGGAAGUAUUUCUAUAUUUUCAGGAAAUUGUUCAACAACAUUCAUGUUCAGUGAAAGCAUGUGUUCAUUUCCACUGCUGUUUUUAGCUCUGUAGAAUAUUGUGGAUAUUUUCAGGUUAACUACCAGAUCUUUAUCCAGCAACGAACCAUUACCUCCACCAUAGUAUAUAUGAUGAGCAUAUGGUACUUCACCUGCAUGAAUAGACCGUUUAAAGCCACUCACAUGCUCAAGAAAGGCUUGGGUGAAUGCUGAAACUUAAACACUGUUAUGAAAUGUCCUGUAGAGCCAGAAAGAGUAUUUGUUGGUUCUCAAUGCUGUGCCAAAUAUCAACAACAGGCUCAUACACCUGUGCCUGUAUUUAUUAAGUGUCUCUGAGGUGGAAGUUGUUUUAAACUGGCCAAAAGCCUUUUUUACGAAGAGUAAAAAGAAUUUUAUUGAAACCAACUUUCUGAAAAACUGCGGAGAAAAUGAUUAUUAUAAACACCUACCUUGGUGUCCGGUAAACUUUUAAACUCAUCGAUUUAUCCCUCUGACCAGCCAGGCAGUCCUGAUUUAUUUCUUCUCUUCUUUACCUUUCUACCUACUCAGUCUUUUCAGAUGAAAGAACAGCUGUAAAGGAUGUCAUAAAUUACACCCACUUGUUUGGAGAAAGCUGUAUAGCAGAUGAACUUCACAUGGGACGGGAAGAAAGUCAUACACAGUGUUAAAUAAACACUGUAUGAUUGAAAGACAAACAGUCAAACUUGCAAGUCGAGAAAUAACUCUUACUUUUGUUUAGUGAAAAUAUGAUCUUCUGUGUUUUGGGGGAAAUUUAAAGCUAUACUGAUAGAAUACUUCCAAAACCUUCCCCUUCAAACAAUCACAACAUGAUAGAAUGGAAAUUAUGAAAUUUGCAAAUGUUCUUACGCUUACUUUGUUUUGCUAGUGGUUUAUUUUGUGGUCUUAUUCCUUUUUGACAAGUAAAAAGAAUCUGAAGUUGUGGAGGAAAAAGUUUGUUUUUCUCGAGCAACUUGUCUCCCCUCCACACACUCCCCUUCUCCCCCCAACCAUUAAUGGCUGAUGGUACUUACAUUUAAUGAGAUCAUGGGGUCGUCUGCAGAGUGCACUUCUGCAAAUUGCUCUCAGCAUGGGGUCUGAAGUGGGAUAGGGUAGGGGCCAAUGGGGCAGUGAAGGAGUGUUUGCCCAGUGUUUGGGGGCCUGGGCCCACAGUGGCUCUACCUGUCAGUCAGUAACCAAUGAAACAUGUCAUGCAUUUGUCUGCCUUUGUCCUCAUUUGUUUGUCUGGCAGAGAUAACCACACAGAGGUGGUGUUUGUCUCGUCUCUAUUGUAUGAAACCGUUGUCAGCCCAUCACGUCCAUCCAUCCCCUACUGGCCCCCUUUCUCCCCUCUGUCCCUUUCUCCCUGCUCCACGACUGGUCAUUUUGCCACUAUUUUGUAGCUGCGGGGGGUGACCUGAGCAAUUUAGCUAAUCCAUUAACAACUAAUUGUCUCCUCCUACCCUAUUUUGCUUGGACAAACAGCCUGGUGGGGGGGAAGUUAAGCCACAGUGACCUAUAAAAGUCACUGUGCAAGAGAAGGCAGUCAGUGUGUCGAUCACUGCAGACUCUGCACAUUUACUUGGACUUUGGAUUUUUUUUUCAAAUCCAGAAAAAGUGACUCAUCUUUACUUCGAGUCACCUUAUUUUAAGUUAAUAGUUUUCAGUAUCACAAGCUCUUAUUUCUUUAAAUUUGUUGGUGGAAAUGUUGGGAAAUCUGAGGAUACUCUGCCUCUGUCUCUGCUUCUCAUGGGCUGAAACGCGUAUAUGGGCCUGGAUGCUCAACAUGCCUCACAGCCCUCCCAAAGAAGGAGCAAAAGGCCUGAGAGACAGCGCUGCUUUACCCAAAGCAACCAUGACUGUGUGUGACCAUGACAGGGCCUGUGGGCGGGGUUUCUCGUGCGAUCGUCACUUUGGCCUUUGUGUUCCCCUACGAGGGGAGGGUCACUACUGUCGGAGGGAUGCCCAGUGUGUCCGCGGACUCAGCUGCAUGUUUGGGAAGUGCCACCGCAGCAUUCCCAACGGACAAGAGGGUGCCAGAUGUAAAGUUGACAGGGAUUGUGGGGAUUCCAUGUGCUGUGCUCGACACCACGGCGAGCAGGUGUGUAAAAGACGUCUAAUCCGCGACGAGAGCUGUUUUGUUCCCGAUGGUGGCCUGGCAUUCAGCAUAAACCAGAUUUGUCCAUGUGAUGAGGGGCUUCUGUGUCGAGAAAACGGAGCGUCACACCAGAGAGAGUUAGAUUUUAUUUACCACCCAGAACGAACAAGCUGGACCUGCCAAGUUCCCAAAUCCUAAAACCAGCUUCAUCUUUAAAGCUAUUUAUUGUGUAAAUAUGUUGUAUAUGGUUGUGUAUAUAUUAAAAAGUGUAUGUAUUUCUAAAGAUAGAUUUCUUAUUAGAGUCUUACAGCAAGGAUAUUUUUUUUGUUGACAAAAGCACUACUGUAUCCAGCUUAACAAUUCAAUAAGGUCCGUUCAUCAUGCAUUAAAUGAUCUUUGAUUAAAUCUAUUUCGUUUGUAUGUUACCAUUGAAUUCAAAGAA